AUGGCGCUGAAAAAUGAAACACCCCGCAUCCGAGCAUGUCUCUUCGACAUGGACGGGCUCUUGAUCGACUCCGAGGACCGAUACACUCAGAUCACGAACGAAGUGCUCCAGAUGUAUGGUAAGCCCAACCUACCUUGGUCAGUCAAGGCCCAGCUACAGGGACGACCCCAACCCGAGGCAAGCAAGAUCUUCCAUGACUGGGCCCAACUGCCCAUCACACCAGAGGAGACCCACGCCAAGCAGGCCAGUUUGCAAGUAAAGUACUUCCCGCAAUGCCAGCCCUUGCCAGGAGUCCCAACUCUCCUGUCAAACCUGGUAUCCACCCAAUCCACCGACGAGCCAGUCUAUAUCGCCUUGGCAUCUUCGUCCAACAGCCGAAACUUCAAGCUUAAGACAGAUCACUUGUCCGACUUGUUCUCGGCAUUCUCACGGGAGAACCGCGUCCUCGGAGAUGAUCCUCGCAUCGGCAAGGGACGCGGAAAGCCAUUGCCUGAUAUCUAUCUCUUGGCAUUGGAGACCAUCAACGCCGAGCUGCGCAGCAAGGGUAAGACCGAGAUCACGCCCGCAGAGUGUCUGGUCUUUGAGGAUGCCGUUCCCGGUGUCGAGGCGGGUCGUCGUGCAGGUAUGCAGGUGAUUUGGUGUCCACACCCGGGUCUUUUGGAGGCUUAUAACGGCCGUGAGGAGGAGGUACUUGCUGGCCAGACUGGACAGCACAAGGAGGAGGAGAAGACAGACGCGGAGAAGGAGGCGGAGGAGUUGCAGGCUUGGCGUAUUCAGGGUGCGGGUGAGCCUGGGCAGAUUGGGGAUGGGUGGGGUCAGCUUGUCAGCACAUUGGAGGACUUCCCUUAUGAGCGAUUUGGAAUCCGAAUCCCUUGA